GGGCCGCGCUUCCGGCCGCGCCUGCGCAGUCGGCGGCCCCCGUGACCCUGCCCGCCGCCGGUGAGCCAGGACCCCCCCCAGUGCUCCGGAGGCCGCUCCCCCGCCGCGCCCCCCCCCCCCCCCGGCCCCCGCCAUGUUCGGCGCCACGGGGGUCGCCGCGCCCGCGCUGGUGAGGAGGGUCCCGCGGGUGCUGUGCCAGCCCCUCUCCGCCUCGCUGCUGAGCACCCCCGAGGAGGCGCGGCCGAGCCUCUGUAGGGCCGUGGCCACGACCGCCGCCCGCCGCGACAUCGACACCGCCGCCAAGUUCAUCGGGGCCGGCGCCGCCACCGUGGGGGUGGCCGGUUCCGGGGCCGGCAUCGGCACCGUCUUCGGCAGCCUCAUCAUCGGCUACGCCAGGAACCCGUCCCUGAAGCAGCAGCUCUUCUCCUACGCCAUCCUGGGCUUCGCCCUCUCCGAGGCCAUGGGGCUCUUCUGCCUCAUGGUGGCCUUCCUCAUCCUCUUCGCCAUGUGACGGGCGGCGCCGGGGACGCCGGCGGGGACGGCGGGGACGCCGGGGACGGUGGCAGCGCUGUCCCCAGCCGGGGAUGAGCUGGGGGGGGGGGGGGGGGGAGCAGGGGGUGCCCCGCUCUGCCCCCCCCCAGGAAUAAACACGGUUGGAUAA